UGGCAUGCGCAGUCACGACGUUCCGCCCGUCACGCAGUUCCUAACCAUCAUUGCUGAUGAUGACUGGAAACAUAACCGGAAUUCUCUGACGCCAGCCUUCACUUCCGGAAAACUAAAAAAGAUGACCGAUAGUAUCUGCAAAGCUGCGGAGUCAUUCGUCGAAGCACUGAAAGAGAAAGCUGACAAGCAUGAGCCUAUGGACGUGAAGCAGUUUACGUCUGGCUAUACGAUGGAGGUAAUCGCGGCUACCUCGUUCGGUAUGAAAUUGGACGCUCAGAAGGCAGAUGAUGAUCCAUUCGUGAAAUACGCUAUGAAAUUCUUCAAAGUUUCCGUGACUAAUCCAUUUGUACUGGCCUCAUUUGUCUGCCCUUUUGUCUUACCCAUCAUGAAGCUGCUCAAGAUAUCCGCCAUGCCAACCGAUUCUAUAGAUUUCUUCAAGAAAAUUGUCGACCAGGCUCUUGAACAAAGGCGAAGUAACCCAGGGAAAUAUAAUGACUUUCUGCAACUGAUGAUAACUGCUGAGAAUCAAGCACGGUCUGCGGAAACACAAAGCCAUGAUGACGAUGGACUUAAGGGUGGCGAAGUGCAACAAUCAAACUGGAAGGAUAAACGCAUGGGGCAAGGACUGAGCGAUUCCGAGAUUCUGGCACAGUGUAUCACUUUCUUCGUGGCCGGAUUCGACACAUCCGCUGCCACCAUCGCCUAUGCCUUGUACCACUUGACGAUGAAUCCAGAGUGCCAGCAGAAACUUGUGGACGAAAUCGACGACUAUUACCCAGGCGGAAAAGUACCUGAUUACGAUGAGCUGCCGGAAAUGCCGUACCUGAACAUGGUGAUAAAUGAGACUCUUCGCAUGAACCCACCCGCUGCCAGGGUCGACAGAAUGUGUACUCGAGACACAGUUGUUCGUGGACUUCACAUCCCAGCCGGCAUGCCCGUGGCCAUCCCCAUAUACAAUAUACACCGGGAUCCGGAGUACUGGGAUGAACCGGAUACGUUUAAUCCAGAAAGAUUCUCGCCUGAGAACCGAGCGUCCCACCAUCCGCUCCAGUGGAUCCCGUUUGGACACGGACCCAGGAACUGCAUAGGCAUGAGACUCGCUCUCUUGGAGAUAAGGAUCGCUCUCGUGUACCUCUUCCAGAAGUACAGAUUUGUGCCCAACAGUAAAACGCUCCCACUACGAUUCGGCGAAAGCCUCUUCUUGACAAACCCCAAAGAUGGUAUCUGGGUGACGCCUCAACACAGAGAUUAGCUGACAGACAGAUGAACACCAACC